CUACCUCUUCGUCAGUUUGUUGCAAUCGGGAUGGAAGGAUGAAGAGUUGAGGUUGCACUUAGGUGAAGCCCGGCUAUGGCUGAGGUCGAUUGCAAUAAUUCAGAGGAAGAACGGAUAUACACCUGACAAGAGCGUUGACCAUAGUUUUUCUUUGUGGAAAGCAGAAGUUUUAAGUGGCGAUUUUUGAUUACGAGCCCGUGAAAUUGUUAGCAACUCUACGUAAAUCUGCUGAAAUACUUCACACAAUGAGGAAUCUGGAAGAAAUGGUUUUGACACGGAAAUCAGCUGCCCGACCCACAAGUUUGGACUUGGAUAACGCAUUGACAAUGGACAUGGACGGAAUAUUUCCAGACAUGGAUAACAAUAACCUCCACCAACCAACACAGAAUUCAAGGAAAAAGCGACGUCGAGCAGCUGAUAUUCCAGUAAAAAGGUUUUUAGAUGCAUAUGAAACAACUGGGGAAUUUCUUGGAAACGGGUCUUAUGCUUCUGUACAGACAUACCGAAAUAAAUCAAGCGGCAAAGAGUAUGCCGUUAAGAUGAUUGAAAAGUGCAAUAGUCUGUCCAGGAGCAAAGUAUUUAAGGAAAUAGAAAUCUUUCAGAUUUGCAAGGGGCGUGAAAACAUUCUUAAUCUUGUGGAGUAUUUUGAGGAAGAUGACCGCUUCUAUCUAGUUUUUGACAAGAUGGUAGGUGGGACCCUGCUGGCAAACAUUGAGCGCCGAGGACAUCUUACAGAACGGGAGGCCAGUUUAGUUGUGAGAGACAUUGCAAAGGCUUUGGAUUUCCUGCAUAGUAAAGGAAUAGCACACCGAGACUUGAAGCCAGAGAAUAUUCUAUGUGAACGUGCUGAGGAAGUUGUGCCCAUAAAGAUCUGCGAUUUUGACUUGGCUAGUGCAAUAAAGUGCGAUUCUGAUGGUACCAAAACACCUGAACUUCUGACACCAGUUGGAUCUGCAGAAUACAUGGCACCAGAAGUAGUGGAUGCCUGGGUUGGCGAGUCUUUUUCCUAUGACAAAAGAUGUGACCUUUGGAGCCUUGGGAUUAUUUUGUACAUCAUGCUAUGUGGCUAUCCACCAUUUUAUGGUCAGUGUGGAGAAGACUGUGGAUGGGAAAGGGGUGAAGCUUGCCAAGAGUGUCAGGAAACCCUCUUCAACAGCAUCCAGGAAGGACAGUAUGUUUUUCCUCCAACUGAGUGGAGCAGCAUCUCUUUCUCAGCGAAGGAUCUGAUUUGCCACCUGCUGGUGCGUAACCCUCGCAAGCGCUAUUCAGCUGCUGAUGUGCUUAGACAUCCUUGGGUUUGCAGUCCUCCUGCUGCCACACCUCUGGCUACACCUCAUGUGCUCACAAGAAACAACAGCACCAAAGACUUGGAGUCAUUUGCAGAGACGGCAAUCUCCAUCAACCGCAUGAUGCAGCAACAUCUUCACAUGUCUGCUUCACAAGCCCAUCAGUUUUUCUCCAGUUGCAGCCGCAGUGAGAGCAGCAGUGACAACAGUGAGGAUGCCUGCCAGAUAGAUGCUACAAAAGCCCCAGAUAGUGCGAGCAGCAAUGGCAGUACCAGUGGUGACGACACAGAUACAGAGAGCCUAUCAUUUCUGGACCGCUUCCACUCUUGCAUUCGCCUUUCGCCUCCCGGAAGUUCAAAGCUGGCCAAACGCCGAGCCACACUUCAUGACUGCAGACACUUUAACUCAAGCAGUGGCUCUGGUGACAGUCUGUCCAUCGACUCGGGCAGCUGGUGUGAGUAGUCUGUUCUUGGGAACAAACAAAAAAACAAAAGCAAAAAAAAAAAAAACCCAAAAAUCUUUUAUAAAAAAAGUUAAUUUUUUUUCUACAUUUAAAGACACAGAGAACAUGCAUUUGAGACGGUUUCACUGACCUGUAAAUUUGCAUUGUAAGGCAUGGUUUGGCUAUUACACUACCACAUUGUGUACAUACACAGUUAAAGCUACGAUUACAUUUUUGUUGGCUUGUAAGACUAUGUGAGCAUAAUUCAGUGCUUUAGUCUGAAUUGCUUUGCCCCAAGCACAGACUGUCUUCUGCAUGAACACCAUUCCCUGUCCAUAAUAAUUCCAUGUAAUGGAACGUCCAAAAAUUCUAUUUCAAAAGAAGAAGAAAAAGGCAGACUUUCUACAAAGUUAGCGUCCAGAAAUUUGAUUGUCAGGAUGUAAAGCUUUCCCUGUAACCUCACCUUUACCCAUCCCCUUCCAACCUCUCAGAAAUAAAACUUGGAAGUAGGGAAAAUGCACAAACUUAUCAUGGGAAAUAGGACCAAACUUCAUUUCGAUCACAAUGAAGAAGCUGUAAGCGCAAAGUGAAAAUGCUGGUAGCAUUUUGGGUCCUAUUUGCAAGUGAAAAAUGAGUUGUAAUAGAAUGGUAUUAGGUUGACCAACCCUUUUGUACUUUUGUAAAUUUUUUGCACAAAAGUAAAAUUUGGUUUUGUUGAUACUCAAAGAAUUAAGCUUAUUAUUGCAUCGAAAUCACAUAGAAUGCCCUUGUAAUUAGAAACAAAUUGUUCAUUGGAUUUCUUUUUAAAAUCGAAGGAAGAACAUAGUGAUUUGUUUCUGCAUUUGAUAAGAUUGUGCAAAUCCAUGGUCAUCACUCAUGGGCUUUCAAAUAUAAAGCAGCAUUUUUCAUGAGCUGAUACUUAUGGUGUUUGCUUUUAAUUAAGGUGACACCUAAACCCCUCCUCAACCUCCCUUACUCCUCCUACCCUGCUUUCAAACUUUGAGCACAGCAUCUUUUACUACAAGGUACUUGAGAAAGCACCUUUUAGAAAAAGCAUAGCUUUGUUUUAAUUUGGGCUUUUUUUUAUUGACAUGGUCACUAAAAAUUUCGUAGGGUUAUAUUUACAAGAACAUUAUCCCCCUUCAGUAUUGUUUUAAAUGAUGCUUUGAUUUGCCAGUGUGUAUGGCGCGAGUCUUGAUUUCAUUUGCAUCUAUCAUUACUUCAUUUCUUUCCAGAAUGUCAUAGUCCAAGUAAUAAUCAUUCCAAACUGAUCGUUACACAUAUCUGUAUAGAUAAAUGUUUUUUGCCAUUUGCAAUUUGUUCCUAACUUUUGAGGAGUGAACUUUAAAGACGGAGACUGUCUCAAGUUGUAACAAGAACUGAUAAGCCAAUAACAGUUCUGAAAAGGCUGAGUUUAACAUUGAAACAUCACCACAGAUAUGUGUGUGAAAAUUAUGGUCUUGUCUAAGAAAGAGGAUCAGCAUAGAUCGUGCAGCAUUAAAACAUGUAAAAAAUGUAAUUCUUUAUCUUAAAAGAGAAAUUAAGCAUGCCUGCCUAUUAACCACCUCUGCUGUCUGGCCACCACCUAACCCCAUCCUGCCCCUCCCCCAUCCCAUCUUGUUCUUGUCAUCUUGCUGCUCCUCCCAUCUUUGCUCAGCCAUAUAAAAUAAGAUACCUGAAUCUUGGAAUAGGUGUCGAUUCCACUAGUCAUGCAUUGCUUUGGACAGUGUGCUCAUUUCGAAUGAAUAAUCAGACUUAUGAUGUCAAGAAUGAAAGAGCAUGGAGGUUACUCAUGUUUUCUAAAAUGAAUGUCUUAAUGAAUGAAAUUGCUGGUGCGUACAAGGUUUAAAAAGCAUUACCUUUUGAUAAUAGGUGGCUUCGUAUACAUCUGCAUGUGUGCAUGCAUGUUUCUUAUGAACUCAAGUAACAUGGGCAAAAAAAAAAUGUAUUUUGAUGUUCAGAGGUUGGCUGUGAUAUACAUUUGGAAGAAACUCAACCAUUUUGAUGCCAUCACCAAUAUUAUAGCAGACUUGGUUUGUUCAGAUGCAGAGUUCUUGUGUUUCUUUAAUACAUUAGAGCAGUUCGCAUAUGCUACUUGACAGCAAAUAAUGCUAUGCCAUAUGGUAGCUAGUUCCAUGGUGAAUUGCUAUGGAAACCAUUUGUAACUAAAUUGCAGAAAUUCAUUUUCGACAACUUGUUUCGGAAUCUGCAAGAGUUUGGUUGAGUUGAAAGGAUGUGCCUUGAAUAAGAAUCUCAGUUGAGGUCCCAACAUUUUGUACUGCAGCUGAAGCUUCUACAAGUACCAACAAAGAGUGGUACCUGCUUCACGCUGAAACAGCAUAUAUAUCUUCCAUGCAGAUAAUGGUCUGUAUUCCAUAAACUUUGUUGUGUGAUCAGAGUUAUUGUUGAUCCGAAGUCGUUAAUUCAUGUUUUCCCCCUAAAUGACAGAAAAAAAAGAUAGUUUAUAUCUUUUGUAUGGUGUCGAUCAUAUCUGGUCGAACUUGUCAUUGAGUGUUUUCUUGUUUGUGACUGCAAGAUAAGAGUAAUGGCUGAAACUGUGAAAGAGUGUCCUAGGGACAUGACAAGGUGCUGUUCUAUGUUUUGAGAACACCAUGCCUGUGGUUGUGCCAUGGUUUUAGGGUGGCAUGAAGUGUGGGAUGGUGACAAAAUCCUGUUGAUGUCACUUGUUUACCUCAGGGUCUAUGAUAUUGACUUAUGACGAAGAGAGACCAAUCAGAAAGAAAUGGUUUCUGUACUGCGCUGACUUUUCAUAAGAGCAACUGAAUUUUUUAUGUUGUAAACUGAAAAUUUUUACAGAAAUAAAUUUUUUUUCAAGUUGA